UUAUUACAUAACUACAUGAAUAUUUCCGGAGAAAAAGGGUUGUAUUGCCUUGAUUAUAUUGGUAAUUGUGUGGUAUGUUCUUCUUCUCAGGUUUACUUGGAGAGUAAUCCCAGUGAGGUGUUUGUUCACUUGUCGCCUACAAGAUGCUGGGAGAUGGUAAAAGAUAGAGUGAACCAGGAGAUAAGUAAGCAACACAAAGCCGGAAAAUCAGAUCUUCCUCCUUUGCAACCCGCUGGGAGUCCCGACGGUUUUGAAAUGUUUGGAUAUUCAUCACCCGCAAUUGUACAGGCUAUCGAAGCAUUAGACGUGAAUCGAGUAUGCACAGACUAUUGGGAUUCCAGGCCUUAUUCGCGACCACAAGUUCAGUUCCCUGCAAAUCCUCUUCCCAGAGAAGCCAACUCAAGUGUCAGAUCAUUGGGUGUAGGCAAUCUUCAGAAUGCCCCCCAACACCGGUUAUUACCUACCGGAACAAACUCUAUUCUCAAAGUUCUGUUCAAGAAAGCUAACAUGGAGGAACUAAGCUCACUUCAAGAGGUUUUAAGUGAGUCUAACUCGGAUUUGGCGACCGAACUUGUGAAGGAAGAGCUCCAGAACCGUCGUUGAUAUAAUUAGAAGGGGAUUGAUUUUAGUGUGUACAUACGGAGUUGAAUCCAGUUACUGUUUUGCAGGAUGAGGCUCCCUUCCCUGCUCAUUCUUUUUGGCACCCUUACAGAGGAAGGAUAUAAACAUAUAACUAAAAAAACCCAGUUUCUUCUUCUGUCUCAUAACAAAAAGAAAAGAGAGAGAGAAAGAUAGAAGUUUAUAUAGGGUUCUUAAAACCAUUAGUUUUGGAUACUAGUCGCACUCAUGUGUGGCUUGGUUUCCACAUCAGUUUACUAGUAUGACAUUGUUUCUCUGUUUUGAAGUCCAAAGGACAUGAAUUUAAAGGACAA